GCAAUAUUACUGCCAUUUGUUGGCGUAAAUAGUGUUUUGCUGGUUUUUUGCAACCAUGGCUGUGGCUUUUGAACCCCAUACACCUUCCCACUGGGUAUGAGGGACACCCGGUGUCGACGUGCGUUCCUUCGGGCCGAAGGCUGGCAAACAGAACUCAUCGGCCACCUGCUGGGAGCUCCGGAACGUGCGCCGAUGCCCGAGAUGUCUCACAUGCAAGGCGAUCCCGGAGAACAUGGACGCAGCUUUGCAUCCUUCGACUAUCCCUGGCGCCCUGGCGAGAUGGACCUGUUGCGCAUGGCCAACCGGGCAGAUCCUUGGCUGCCGCAGAGAUGGUUUUCUACCUGCCGCACCCGUUCCUGGCUCCUCCGAGCCGUCCUUCCGUUUGGCUCGAAGCCUUUCGAGCCGGGAGUGGCCACCACAUGAUGCCUUCGCCAUCGAGCCAGGGUCGGCAUCACCAAGGCAUGCAGAGCGCCUUCAACGCUUGGACUGGGAAUGGAUGGAGGAAAAGAAUCCGUGGGCCGCGGUGGUCAGCAGGCGCCGGCGCAUUGGUCGACUUCGACGGAAGGACGUGUUUUUGAGUUCCGGGAGGGAUCUGACUAAAGUCAAGAACCUUUUUCUAUAAAACAAAGGUGAACCUUUCUCUAGGUCGGACAGCGUCUCAGUUCCCCGGUUCUUACGAGUUUCAAGUCCGAGAGUUACUUGAGAAGUUUGGGGAAGAGACUGCAGUCGUCCGAGGUUCUUUGUUCUAUUUUUCUCACCUUCCACCUUCGGGCCAAUCUUCUAAGACAUGCUACGUCGGACGUGCGACGUCUGGGGCAGUCCGACGUGCGACGUCUAGGCGUCCGAUCUUGCCCCGAAGCCUGACGUCUUGACGUCUUGACGCUGGAAGUCCAAAGGCGAUGAUUGUGGCCACCAAGAGCAAGGGACAUUCCUUUGGAGAUCAACGAAAGGAAAGGACCAUUCUUUGUGUCAACGAAAGUACCUAAGUACCUCCAUUAUGCGGUACCCGGUACCUCCAUUAUGGAAGGCUCGUAGGAGUGGUAUGGGAGUGGGAGUGGGAGUGGUA